AUGGACCAGGUGCACAGCAAGAAUAAUUUCUGUUCCAGGCCUCUUAGAAAUGUCUCUCUUGUUUGAGCUGCUCUUUUCUUUCCUGUUCAUGGGGCUGAUACUUCCAAGGUUUGCCCCCAUCUAUGCUUCUGCUAUGAAUCCUCCAGUUUUGUGGACUGUCAUGAUCGGCACCUGGCCCAUAUCCCCCAUGGCAUCCCUCACAAUACAUGGAUGCUGAACCUGAGACAUAACAACCUGAGUGGGCUAGAGGUAGGCUGCUUUGAUGCUUUGUGGUCUUUGAAGAUCCUCCUUUUGUCCCACAAUUCUAUUGCUAAGAUUUGGCCCCAAACGUUCAAGUCCCUGAGUUUCCUGGAGAAGAUGGACCUCAGCUACAACCUGCUUGCUCACCUACCGCGUGACUUCUCAAAUGAGUUGACUUCCCUGAAGGAUCUCAAGGUAGCCCACAACUGUUUGAUAGCCUUGGGUUUUGAAAGCUUGCAGUAUAUGGAGAACUUGGAGAAGCUGGACUUGAGCCACAAUCUGGUCACUUCAAUCGAGAGAGGGACUUUCCGGGGACUCUCCAGGCUCCGACAUCUCUACCUUCAGUCUAACAGGCUUGCAGUUAUCCAUAAUGGCUUCUUCUUUAUGCUCCAGAACCUGGAAGUCCUUUUGCUUAACAGCAACAACAUCAGCUUCAUUGAGGUGGAGGCGUUCACUUCAUUACACAACAUGAAUCUUUUAGCUUUGACUGGCAACCAGCUCAUCCAUCUAAAAUUUAAGACUUUCCUGAACAUCCAAACAGUCAGCACCCACAUCCAACUGGCUGGUAACCCAUGGGCCUGCGACUGUGAUCUCCAAAGGGUUUUUGGCAAAAUCAUUAGUGUUCGGCACCUUCAUGUGGAUGAUUAUGAAAACAUCACCUGUUACAGCCCUUGGCAAUUAGCUGGCUCACCCCUUGUUUCUGUGGACAGCCAGCUGUGCAUGGCAGAGACAGCCACUGUCUUGGUGAUCACAGUCACUGUCCUGGUGACAGUGAUUGCUGCCAUUGUGAUGGCAGAAAGGAACAGGAAGAAGAACCAGGAGAAGAACUGGAAUGAACUGGAAGGGCCUUUUGACUCACAGGAGAAAUAA